AUUUGAGCGUGGUGGCAAGCUGUGCAACACGUGCGAAAUCGUAAACAAAAUGCAUUUCUAGUAAUUUCACAAUAAACUAAAGCAGUUAACAGCCAAAAUGUCGCGUAUUAUAGUCAAACAAUUGCCCAAACAUAUUAGCGAAGAGAAGCUGCGCAAUAUAUUUGGAGCCAAGGGAACGAUUACAGAUUUGCAGUUGAAAUACACGCCGGAUGGCAAAUUCCGUCAAUUUUGUUUUGUUGGCUACAGCAGCGAUGCCGAGGCGCAGGAGGCAAUCAAACAUUUCAAUAAUACCUGCAUACAAACGAGCCGUGUGCGUGUGGAAUCCUGUGCAUCAUUGGGCAGCGAGGAGAAGCCGCAAUCCUGGAGCAAAUAUGCCAAGGAUAGCAAAAAGAACCUGGACAAGCUGAGGGCGGAGCAGGCAGAGAGUGAGAAGCCACAGAAGAAACAGGAGAAGGUCAAACAGAAUAAAGUAGAUCAGAUUCUGGGCAAGCACAAGGAUGAUCCGGCAUUUCAGGAGUUUAUGCAGGCGCACGACAAAACACGCUCCCUGUGGGCAAACGAUGUGGGCAUAAACACAGCCGAGCAGGAGGAGGAGGAGGAGCGAAAAGAGCGGGAAGAGGCGAAAGACGAAGACAACAAGGCGGAAACUGACAAUGAUGAAGAAGAGCAGCAGGAGGAGGAGGAUGGAGAGCCAGAAACUGAAGAAAAGCUGGCUGAGAAGCCCAUCAGUGAUUUGGAGUACAUGAAAUCACUCAUGGCUGGCAAAACGGACAACAAACAAAAGGAGCAGCAAAAGCCAAAAGUGGACAAAAGUAAUCUGGAAUUGUUUACCAUCAAGAUACACAAUGUGCCGUACAAUACAAAGCGACAGGAUGUGGUCAAGUUCUUUAAGCCAUUAAAACCGUAUUCGGUGCGUUUGCCCAGCAAGGUGCAUGGCUUCUGCUAUGUGGGAUUCAAGACGGAGAAGGACAUGGCCAAGGGCAUGCUCAAGAACAAGAGUUUCAUCAAGGGCAAGCAGGUGUUCUUCUCCGACUUUACCGCCAAGAAUAAGGUGACCAAGGCGCAACGAAAUGGUGAUGCAGUAGAAGCUAAUGAAGCCUCCAGUGCCGGCAAUGCCAAGUGGAAGCACCAGCAGGAGAGCUUAAGGAGCGAGGAGAACAUAUCCGAGUCGGGACGCAUAUUCUUUCGCAAUCUGGCCUAUACCACAACGGAGGAGGAACUGCAAAAGCUCUUUGAGCAGUAUGGUCCUGUGGUGGAGGUGAAUCUGCCCGUGGAUAAGAUAACACGUCAGAUCAAAGGAUUUGGCACGGUCACCUUCAUGAUGCCGGAGCAUGCAGUCCAGGCAUUUAAUGCACUGGAUGGCAGCGAUUUCCAUGGAAGACUGCUGCAUCUGCUGCCGGGCAAGGAGCUGGACAAUGCACAGGAGGAGACUACCGAGGAGGAUGCGGGUCUGUCUUUCAAGCAGAAGAAGGCACUCAAACUGAAACAGAAUGCACAAAAGCCAAUUGGCUGGAAUUCCUUGUUUCUGGGCGCCAAUGCUGUCGCCGAUCUGCUGGCCAAGCAGUUCAAUACCAGCAAGGAGCGUAUACUGGACACCAGCGAAGGUGGCAGCAGUGCCGCCGUUCGUCUUGCCCUUGGAGAGACGCAAAUUGUCAUUGAAAUGAAGCGAUUCCUUGAGGAGGAGGGCGUCCGGCUCAGUGCCUUCGAGGAGCCGACACAGAAGCGUUCCAAGACUGUGAUACUGGUCAAGAAUCUGCCGGCGGCCACCGAGGCCAAGGAGCUGUCGCCCAUCUUUAGUAAAUUUGGUCCUAUCGGCAGGAUUGUGCUCCCACCCAGUGGUGUCACUGCACUCAUUGAGUACUGUGAACCCUCGGAGGCACGACAGGCCUUCAAGAAGCUGGCCUACACCAAGUUCAAGAAUGUACCCCUGUAUCUGGAAUGGGCGCCGGAGCAUACGUUCACCAAGUCACUCAGCGGUGAGGCCAUCAUACCCAAGUCCGAGGAGCUUAAGGUAGAAGAAGCUGAGCAAACCAAGGAGGAGCCGAAAGAUGAGCCCCAGCCGGAACCUGUGGCCGAGGAUGCCGACGAUGAGCCGGAGCCGGAGACAACCAUCUUUCUGCGUAAUCUCAACUUUAAGACCGUGCUGGAGACGGUGCGUCAACACUUUGAGCGUUUGGGCACCAUACACACCGUGGAGAUUGCCAAACGCAAGGAUGCACAGAAUCCGCGACAACUCAACUCACUUGGCUAUGGCUUCAUUCAGUUCAAGAAGGCAGAAGUCGCCUCCAAGGCACUCAAAGAUAUGCAGCUGACCCAAAUCGAUGGCAAUCUUGUCGAGCUGAAGCGCAGCGAUCGUGUCCUCAAAAACCAAGAUGAUGGAGCACGACGUCGCCAGGUGGAGCAGAAGAAACAGACUGGCACCAAGAUGCUGGUGCGGAAUAUACCCUUCCAGGCACAAUAUCGCGAGGUGCGCGAGAUCUUCAAAGCUUUUGGCGAGCUGCGUUCGUUGCGCAUACCCAAAAAGAUGACGCCUGGCGAGGAUGCGCAUCGUGGCUUUGGUUUUGUUGACUUCACCAGCAAAGCGGAUGCAAAGCGUGCGUUUGAUGCACUCAGUGCGAGUACACAUUUAUACGGUCGCCGUCUGGUGCUGGAGUGGGCCGACAAGGACGAUGGAACCGGCCAGGAUGUGGAGGAGCUGCGCAAGCGCACGGCCGCCAAAUUCGAUGGUGCUCAACAGGCUGUCGAGGCGAAGCGCAGCAGACGCGCCUUCUUCGACGUCGAAGGCAACUUGCAACAGGCUGCCGACGAGGAUGAGGACGAAGAUAAAUAAUAUAUAUAUAAGCAUAAUAUAUUAAGAGAAAGUCUAAAAUGUACAUGCUAUGGUCAUGUAUGUGUAAAUGUGUAUAUAAACCAUUUUAAAAGAGUUUCAAAUGUACGAUUGAAUUAAUUCUUUUUUAAAUAAGGUCCUAUAUUUAUAGAUUCCUUGUUAAAAACUAA